AUGCUGCCACCGCUCUUCAGCACGGCGGCCGCUUGCUACGCGGUGCGUGGCAAGGGCUGGUGGCGCUCGUCGUCGGCUUUGGCGUUGAUCGCCGGGUGGUUCCUGAUGAUCCCCUUCAGUACGGCCUCGCAUCUCCAUUGUGCCUUCCAAGGGCAUUACUCGCAUAUCUUGAUUCGCUUGGAUCAAACAGGCCCUGUCGUGCCGGGCGUUGGGUCCGGUCCUUCGGUCGGGCGUGCGGUGCGUAUCAUGGCGGGGACAGACUUCAGACUGGAGACCACACUCUUGAACCAGCAUCAGAUCAGCGUUGAGACACACUGA